CACGAUUCGCCCAACAUGCAGGUCAACAUGAAAGGUCUCAUACUGAUGCUCUUGUUGAGCUUCUUGGUCCAGAUUGUGAAAGCAGACAGUCCUGAAGACUGCUCGCAGAUUAAAAAGCAGUCCCCACAGGCUCCCAGUAAAGUUUAUUAUAUCCAGCCUGCUGGAAGCAGCACUCGCUUCCAGGUGUACUGUGCGAUGCGUGCUGAUGGAGGAUGGACUGUGUUUCAAAAACGCACUGGACCAUCGCUGUCUUUCAAUAGAGACUGGGCCGCUUAUAAAUCUGGGUUUGGAUCCCUGUCAAAUGACCAUUGGCUCGGUCUGGAAAAGGUUUUCCUCAUCACCAAAGACCCAACCAARAACUGGACUUUGAGGGUGGACCUGUGGGACCAUGAAGGUGGCACUGCUUAUGCCGAGUACAAGAACUUCAGACUUGGAGAUGAGCAAACAGCUUACAAACUGCAAGUUGGAGUGUACAGUGGAAAUGCAGGUGACGCCAUCCGUGGAGACUAUCCUGGCAUUGAUGAAAACGGUUUCGGCUUCAGCACCRUYGACCGGGACAACGAUGGCUGCUCUCCAUGCAUMUUUGGUGACAUCGCUAUAGCUAAGUGCACUGAYACRGAGGGUGGUGGUUGGUGGUACAGCAAGUGUGGCUCUGCUGCUCUAAAUGGGGACUGGCAYCCAUUUGGUCAACACAUCGGCUGGGCUUCAGGUCUCCACUGGCUCACCUGGAAACCUCCUGCACCUUAUUCAGCCAAGGCCACCAGAAUGAUGAUCAAAUCUGAGUAAUAUCUUGAUUAAAAAUUCUCUUCUGGCCAUUAAAUUACCUGGUCUUAGAGCUAAGAUGUUGUUCCUGCAUAGAUUGUAAUUUGUGAAACAACAAUGAAAAUAAAACUAUUUUGAAACAUCUA